AUGACACUCGCGUGCAAAACAGCCGACCUCCUCACCCUCACCACCCACUCCCUAAACCGCGUAACCUCGUUCGGCCCAUACCAUCUGCUGUCCGCCGACGAUCGCAAGUCCGCCCUGCAGCAGCUCUCAAUGACAGUACAGGCGGCGGCUAAGCUCGCCGAGCUUGCGCAGCCGGAGGUGCUAGGCCGUCAUACGGAGCACGUUAGGGUUAAGGUGGAAACCGAACGGGCGGGGGCGGGAGGGGGGGCGCUGGGCAAGGAUGAAGAUAGCCCGGUGGGGGAGGGCGAGGACCUGGAACUAGAUGAUUCGUCCAUUGAGAUCAAAGAUGCCUCGGCAUACGGUGGAGGCGUGUAUGGUAGGCAAUGA